CUUCUCCACUCGAGUCGCGCAACGCCGCGCGUUUCCACUCGUUAUCCUCACUCGAUCAGCGCGAUCGUCGCUUCGACGAUUCAGAACCUUCUCCUUCGCCGCGCGCAACGCUGUACUGCGCGAGGCAUGAACGGGGAUUACAGCCCGCCCAGUGCAACUUCCGGCGCGUCCACCAACGGCUCUUACGCCGCUCUGACGCCGAACCGCUCGAGUCCCUUCCCCGCGAGCACACUCGCGACAAAGACUGCCAUGGCCGUCCCAGCAUAUCUCCCGCCACCACAGGCCUACCGGCCUACCGCCACCGCUCAAUCAGGCUAUCCGCCGUCUCACCCGACUGCCAAUUCCUAUGAUCGCGACGCCCAGAAGCCGCAGGGGACACCGUUAUCCGCGACGCCCCCAACGCUCUCUUCGGCCCUGAUUCGGAACCUCCCGCUCAACACCUCGGAGGAGUCGCUGCGCUUAAUGAUGGUUUUUUCCAAGGACCUCGUCGAUGUCGAGGUUUUGCCCGCCGAGCAAUCCGCCGAUGCAGGCUUCCGAUCCGCCGUUCUCAAGUUCAAAAGCCCGGCGGGCGCUCAGGAGGCCAAGAAUAUGCUCGAUGGCAGGUCCAACAUCUCGAACGAUGCCGAAAUGGUCGUCGAGAUCCUGGGCAGCGCAAGCCCCACGACGUCAGGGAACCGAUUUCCCAAUGACAUGUCUACGAGCGCACCCAACGGGGCCGUCUCCGCGACCCCUUCGGCCCCGUCGUCAAGGCAGACAUCGCGAUUCAACGGGACGUUCCAGUCGCUGGAGAAGAUCUCGCCUCCCAUGAACCCCAUGUACGGAGGAGACCUGGCUGCCCACGAAACCGGCCCGUCCUACCAGAACCUCUUUGGGCCCCAGUCGCCGAUCGGAAACCACCUUGCCAAUGGCGCUCAGAUCACGGGCAAGUCGCUGAUCGAUUCCGCCGAAGACGACGAGACUAAAGAACUUCUCAAUGAUCCGGUUGGCUUUGCUGAGAACGGGCUGCAGCGCCGCCAGACAGCGCCGCAGCUGCCCAUCUCCCACAUGGCCGGCCUGUCCCUGAAUACCUCCCCGAGCCCCGUGGCCGCGCACACUCCGAUGCCGUUUUACGGCCACGGCAACAUGGGGUCGCUCUCCGGGUUGUCAAAUACCAUGUCACCGACCACAAUGGGCGGACCCGGAACGGGCUACAGCUCUCAAGUGCCACACCGGAUGAACAACUUCCCUCCGGCUAACCCCGCCGACCAAAACCCGCCGUGCAACACGCUAUAUGUCGGCAAUCUGCCUCUCGACACCUCGGAAGAGGAACUCAAGGCCCUGUUCUCGCGGCAACGAGGAUAUAAGCGGCUCUGCUUCCGGACCAAGCAGAACGGACCCAUGUGCUUCGUCGAGUUCGAGGACGUCACUUUUGCGACCAAGGCUCUUCACGAGCUCUACGGACAGUUGCUCCACAACAGCGUCAAAGGCGGCAUCCGCCUCAGCUUCUCCAAGAACCCGCUCGGUGUCCGUUCCGGUCAGAACCAGGCUCAGAACGGCGCGGGUGCCAUGGGCAGCAUGAACGGAAUCCACUCCGGGUCGGCCGGCGGAUUCACAACCGCCAACGGACCUCCACCAGGUCUGAGCGCACCUCCCGGCCUCGGCUCAAGCCGUAGCGGGUACACGGCGUCGUCUGUGCUUGCCACCGGCGCGGCGAACCUGUAUGCCUCCCCCACCGGCUCCAACGGGCCCAGCAACCCGUGGGGCGGCAUGUACAGCGGAAACGGACCUGCGAUGGCUGGCACUGCCUCGGCCUUCUCAUCUUAUAUGAUGGGUCGAUGA